GUGGGAUUUUCCAGCUGCAUUUACAUAUCGCCCACUGCUCCGCAUGCCUUUGUGUUUACAUCACCGGGAGCGAUCCACAGAGCACGCUGCAGCGGAAGAGGCCGAGGAGAAGGCUGUCCCCAGCUCAGGGCAUGCUGCUGGCAUUUCUUUGGCUGAGGAGAAGCCUGUCCCCAGCUCAGAACUGGGCAUGCUGGUGGCAUCUUGCCGGGCUCUGCUGCUCCAGGAUGGCCAGGGAGCACGCUUCCCAUGACUAACAGAUGCUGGCCUAGAUUAUGAGCUCAAACAAGAGCGCUCGCUACAAUCGUUUUUCCAGUGGCACCACCAACAUCACUACUGCUGAGAACACUAACGGGACAAGAAUGGAAACAACUUUUGGACCAGCCUUCUCUGCUGUGACCACCAUCACAAAGGCUGACGGGACCAACACUUUCAAGCAGCACCGCCGGACCCCGUCCUCCUCCAGCACCCUCACGUACUCCCCACGGGACGAGGAUGAUGGCAUGCCUCCCAUCAGCACCCCGCGCCGCUCCGACUCCGCCAUCUCCGUCCGCUCCCUGCACUCCGAGUCCAACAUGUCCCUGCGCUCCACGUUCUCGCUCCACGAGGAAGAGGAGGAGCCAGAGCCCCUGGUGUUUGCAGAGCAGCCCUCUGUGAAGCUGUGCUGCCAGCUGUGCUGCAGUGUCUUCAAGGAUCCCGUCAUCACAACCUGUGGGCACACGUUUUGCAGGAGAUGUGCCUUAACAUCUGAGAAGUGCCCCGUGGACAACGCCAAGCUGACGGUGGUGGUGAACAACAUCGCGGUGGCCGAGCAGAUUGGGGAGCUGUUCAUCCACUGCAAGUACGGCUGCCGGCCCGCCGCCAGCAGCAAGAGCCCUGCCUUCGAGGUGGACCCCCGAGGCUGCCCCUUCACCAUCAAACUCAGUGCCAGGAAGGAUCAUGAGAGCAGCUGUGAUUACAGGCCCGUGCGCUGCCCCAACAACCCCAGCUGCCCUCCCCUCCUCAAAAUGAACCUGGAGGCUCACCUGAAGGAGUGUGAGCACAUCAAGUGUCCCCACUCCAAAUACGGGUGUGCCUUCAUAGGGAACCAGGACACCUACGAGACCCACCUGGAGACGUGCAAGUUCGAGGGGCUGAAGGAGUUCCUGCAGCAGACGGACGAUCGUUUCCACGAGAUGCAGGUGGCCAUGGCCCAGAAGGACCAGGAGAUCGCCUUCCUGCGCUCCAUGCUGGGCAAGCUCUCGGAGAAAAUCGACCAGCUGGAGAAGAACCUGGAGCUGAAGUUUGAUGUGCUGGAUGAGAACCAGAGCAAGCUGAGCGAGGACCUGAUGGAAUUCCGCAGGGACGCCUCCAUGCUGAACGAUGAGCUCUCCCACAUCAAUGCUCGGCUCAACAUGGGCAUCCUUGGAUCCUAUGAUCCUCAGCAGAUCUUCAAGUGCAAGGGGACCUUUGUGGGCCACCAGGGCCCCGUGUGGUGUCUGUGUGUGUACUCCAUAGGAGACUUGCUCUUCAGUGGCUCCUCAGACAAAACCAUUAAGGUGUGGGAUACCUGUACCACGUACAAGUGCCAAAAGACCCUGGAGGGUCACGAUGGAAUUGUGCUGGCUCUCUGCAUCCAGGGGAACAAGCUGUACAGUGGCUCUGCUGACUGCACCAUCAUCGUCUGGGAUAUUCAGAACCUGCAGAAGGUGAACACGAUCCGAGCACACGACAAUCCUGUUUGCACUUUGGUCUCCUCACACAACAUGCUCUUCAGUGGCUCCCUCAAAGCCAUCAAGGUGUGGGAUAUUGUGGGAACUGAGCUCAAGCUGAAGAAGGAGCUGACAGGUCUCAACCACUGGGUUCGAGCGCUGGUGGCUUCCCAGAACUACCUGUACAGUGGAUCCUACCAGACCAUCAAGAUCUGGGACAUCCGGAACCUGGAGUGUGUGCACGUGCUGCAGACGUCGGGAGGCAGCGUCUACUCCAUCGGGAGCUGGGUGGCCUCAGCACAGCGUGAUGCCCAAGCCCAGCUGUCCCCACAGGUGUGGGACAUCGAGACCAAGGAGCAGGUGCGCACACUGACCGGGCACGUGGGCACAGUCUACGCCCUCGCCGUCAUCUCCACGCCCGAUCAAACCAAAGUCUUCAGCGCGUCCUACGACCGCUCGCUCAGGGUGUGGAGCAUGGACAACAUGAUCUGCACCCAGACCCUGCUGCGCCACCAGGGCAGCGUCACCGCCCUGGCCGUGUCCCGCGGCCGCCUCUUCUCCGGCGCUGUGGACAGCACUGUCAAGGUCUGGACGUGCUAACGAGAGCGUCACACGAGUCCUGCACACUGAAAGACCAAAAACUCUCCCCUCCAUCGGCCUGUGGGUGACCACACCACUGAAACGACUGCUGCAGCUCCUCCUGCACUGACCACUGCCUGCUGCUGCUGCCCCUCGGCCGGCGGCUCUGCGGACGGCUCUGCCCCACGGACGCUCCAGGUGUUCCCUCAGAUUGCCCCAGAUGAUGGAAGAGUGGAAGCUCCUCCAGUGCCAGUGCCCUCCUCUGCCUGUGUCCCCCCAGCUGGGGACACCCCCAGGCUGGCGCUGGGGUGACACUGGGCCUGGGGGCUCAGUGCCAGUGCCAGGAGCGGACAGAUCCGUGUGUCCUGUGGGGACAGGCUGGGCCCCUGUCCGUGGCAGGACUGAGCUUUAGGCCAGGCCGUACCCUGGGUGGGCACCCGACCCCUGUCUGUCUCUAGUAUUUAAUUUACUGCCAAGGCGCCGGGCCGAUCCAGCUGGGAAGAGGUGUUUCCUUGAGUAGCCAGGUACGAUUUUUAUUGCCACAGCUAGUUCUCAAAUCAAGUUCCACAAGCCCAUUGUUCACCACCCUGUAAUAAUGGUCUCCACAUUAAAGACAAAAAGCCUCCGUUGCAUUUUUACUCACAUUUUCUACUGUUUUUAAGAUUGUAAUAUAGAUUUGAUUAUUUCUUCAUUGACAAUAAAAGCAGAAAGAGUUGUUCCUG